AUGAAUAAAUAGAGACUUUAGAAAAUAUUGCCAAUGCAAUAGAUUUAGGCGAAACUUAAAUAGCUUAAACAAAGUAUCCGAGCUAGUGAAAUCAAGUCUUUGAGAUCAUCAUGUUUAUUCACUGACUAGAAUCAAAAUAAAAGUGUAGAUGGAAGGACCAUGUAUAUAAAGCCUUAAUUCAAGAAAAAGAUGAAAACAACUAAAAUCGACUCAAUCGAUGAAAGUUAAAUCAAGUUCAAUUGUUACCUAAUCCAAAACUACAGUAUCUCCUAAAAAGACGAUACAAGAUAUCUUAAGAAGUUACAUUAAAAGUAAAUCCCAAAAAGUAGAACAAUUUCUAAAUCAAAAUCACCUUAAAAGUUAGAAAAAAUUUCAAGUCCUUAAUAAAGAUAGAUUAGAUGUUAAAGUAAAAAGAAACAAAAAUAAAAAUAUAUAACUGUAGUUAGUUCUCAAAAGAAGAAAUCUAAAAGCAAAAAACUUAGGUGCAGUAUUAUCAACCAUAAAUAAGUAAGAUAAGUUCAAUUAGAUUAAAUACCUUUUCAGUAAGAAUCCUCAGAAAAUGUUAUUAAAUUCUAUAAUUGAAGAAUUCUAAUUAAUGAAUGAAUAACAAAUGAUUGAAUUAUAAUAGUUUCUAAAAAACAUUAAAUAAGAAAAGAAAGAUGAAGCUUUAUAAACAAGCAUACAUGAAAAAUUUGAUUUUCAGAAGAAGUAUCAAUAAUUUGCUUUUUAAGAAAAUCUUCCGUUAGAUAUCAUAAAUAAAAUAUGUCAUCAAAGAGAGGAAGGUAUCAAAUUUCGUGUUAAUAUGUAAAUGGAUGCAUUUAAUAAUUUACUAUAAUAAUAGAAAAUAUCUCCUAGGUCUUUCAAAAAUAAUAAGCAACUUCUUUAAUAAUGGGAAAUCCAAUAGACUGAGAAAUUGUACAAGUAUCAAGAAAAACUCAAGAAGAUCUAAAAUGUUACAAAUAAGAUAUAAUAAAAACUCAAAAAGAUUUAUAGUGCAUACAAGAAUUAUAAGAAAAUAAAUCUAUUAUAGUUUAAUAGUUAUGUAUUAAAAUAGAUAUUAUUUAGAGUAAAUUUCAUUCGAAUCUAGUUAUUUAGAUUACUCUGAUCUAUAAUUAAGCACUCCAAAAUAAUAGUAAAACAGCAAUUUCAAAAGAAAAGACAUUGUAAUCGAUGUUGAAUUUUAACCAUAACAAUCUAUAGUUUAAAUUUAAACUAACGUUGGAAUUAUCAGUUUAUUCGUCG